UUUGAUACUUUUAAGAAUAAGGGUUGUUAAGAUUAGUAGUAUCAAUAGCAUGUUUUUUCUGUAACAGUUUUCCAAAGCAGUGCGUAUCAUUGGGUCACACAAAAUUGCGGUCACUCACAUCUAGUGUUACUGAAACGUGUCAGAUAAGGCCAUGCUGCUCCUUUGACAGAGGCAGUCAUUGUGUACUCCAUAUAAUGAACACUAAAUAUAUAUUAACACUACACCAGUGUCAUAAAAAGCAUCAUGUCUUCAUUAAUAUUUUUUAUAUUGGUAUAGAUUGCUUUCAUGCGGUGAAGCUUAACAUGGGUCACAGAGUGAUUUUAACCUUGAAUUACAACAUCUGUCACUGAACAUUACAAUAAACGAUAAGAUCGACAUAAAAAAAUGAAUGCCGGUACAAAGUCCAGCGUUAGUGCUCUUAAGUCUCCUUGUAAGUCUCCUUGUAAGUCUCCUUGUGAUUACUUUAUAAAAAAUAUACUUUCCGCUGGUUAGGAGGAAUAACAAAGCAUUCAAAGUUGCCUUGGUUUCACUAUAAUCGGGACAGUUUGACUACUCAGACCUAACCCUGCAGAUUACUGUUACUUCUUUCAUAUCCUCAAAACAAAUGUUCUGGGUUCAGUUUUCACUCUGGCAAGAUCAUUUCUGAGGCAGUUUGAACAUUUCAGUAGAUCUUUGUAAGCCCUAGGUAAAUAUUCUGUUUAACGUAAUUUGAGGAAGUUGGUGUUAUAUUGUAUUAAACCCCAGGUGACAUUCGAACUGCAUUGCUAGUGAGACUGACUUUGGAUAUUGCAAAAUAGAACUUAUAAAUCUAUACUAAACCAGUGUCCGGGCAUAUUUCAAAUCAAUCGAACUAUUAAAGCAACUUAAAGUUAGCUUGCAUUCCGCAGACUUCAUCUGAAUUUCUUGUGUGUCUUUCCAUUUUGGAACAAUUAAUAAUAGAAUAGUUCUGUGUUCUGUAACAAUGUUUACCAAAGUUGUAUAAGCCUUAAUUUAGAAAGCUAUCAAAUGGUGCAGAGUGCUGUGUCUGUAUACUAUUACUCUUUAGCCUGAGGUACAGGGAAGAAGAGUGAAAACAUCUGGCUUUGCAUCAGGCAAGGAACUGACUGCCUGUGCGCGCUGGAAGAAGGAGUCCAGUAGGAUGGGCUUCUACAGCAAACACUACAGAGAGAAAAAAAAAAGACAGUUUCCUUUUUUUAGCUUCCAGGAAAGUUAUACAUUAGAGAAACAAGGAAGUUGUAGCCGAGAUUGCUAAUGCAGCGUAGGAGGGCAGAGAGGGAAGGGAAGGGAAGGUUCGGGGGAUGUGACCGAAGAGUGAGCCAUAUGUGUUUAUCUUCGUACGUGAACGUUUGGGACAAGCUGCCAGUAAACUCCAGCUCUGAUUCCCACCCACUGUCCGAGGCCAGUCCAUGUGUCUGGAUUUGAGGAAGAGAGUAAGAAGAAACAAAAGGCCAACUGGGGAAUGUGAAGGACUCUCCCCUGCCUGCUAGCAUAACCUGGGGGAACGCUGGAUGGCCUGUGGCGGCUGACAUAUUAUGGACGCAUGGCAUGAAGGAUGGGCUCAGUGAUGUCAUCCUUUGCUUUAUGCUAUGGGAAAAAUAAAAAGAAAGAGGAAGAGAGGCACCUACGUGCUAAUGACAGAGAGCUCAAUCUUUCCUACAAAUAUGCAACAAAUGCCAUAAAAACCUCUAAAUACAACUUGAUUACCUUCCUGCCUCUGAACCUUUUCGAGCAGUUCCAGAGAAUAGCCAACGCCUAUUUCCUCUUCCUCCUCAUCCUCCAGUUGAUUCCGGCCAUUUCUUCGCUCUCCUGGUUCACCACUGUGGUUCCCCUGGUCCUGGUGUUGUCAAUAACCGCAGCGAAAGAUGCCAGUGACGACAUCAACAGGCACAAAAGUGACAAGCAGGUCAACAACCGUCUGGUCGACGUCCUUAUCAAUGGAGAGCUAAGGAGUGAAAAAUGGAUGAAUGUUCAAGUGGGAGACAUAAUCAAACUGGAAAACAACCAGUUUGUAACGGCUGACCUGCUUCUGCUGUCUAGCAGUGAACCACUGAACCUCGUUUACAUCGAGACAGCAGAGCUGGAUGGUGAAACCAACCUGAAAGUGAAACAGUCACUAACAGUGACUGGGGAAAUGGGAGACAGCAUUGCGAAGCUGGCUGCGUUUAAUGGUGAAGUACGCUGUGAGCCCCCAAACAACAGGCUGGAUAAAUUCACGGGCACCUUGACCUUUCAGGGGCAGAAGUACUCCCUGGACAAUGAGAAGAUCCUUCUCCGUGGUUGCAGAUUGAGGAAUACAGACUGGUGCUUUGGUCUGGUAAUCUUUGGAGGUCACGAGACUAAGUUGAUGCAGAACUGUGGCAAGACGACAUUCAAGCGCACAAGCAUUGACCACCUCAUGAAUGUGCUGGUGCUCUGUAUCUUUGGCUUCCUCGCCUUCAUGUGCACCAUUCUAGCCAUUGGAAAUGGCAUCUGGGAGUACAAGGAGGGCACUGUGUUCACCGCCUUCUUGCCCCGGGACGAAGGGGUGAAUGCUUCCUUUUCUGCCUUUCUCACCUUCUGGUCCUAUGUCAUCAUCCUAAACACUGUGGUGCCCAUAUCUCUCUAUGUCAGUGUGGAGAUCAUCCGGCUGGGUAACAGCUUCUACAUUGACUGGGACAGAAAGAUGUAUUACCCUCGCAACGACACCCCUGCGGAGGCCCGCAUUACCACUCUUAACGAGGAGCUCGGCCAGAUCAAGUAUAUCUUUUCUGAUAAGACUGGCACACUAACCCAGAACAUCAUGACCUUCAACAAGUGCUCUAUCAAUGGAAAGUCUUAUGGUGAUGUGUUGGACUUUGCCGGACAGAGAGUGGAGAUAACAGAGAAGACUGAGAAAGUGGACUUCUCCUACAAUCCACUGGCUGACCCCAAAUUCUCCUUCCAUGACCACAGUCUGGUGGAGGCUGUGAAGCUGGAGGACCCAGAGGUGCACCAGUUCUUCCGUCUGCUGGGACUGUGCCACACUGUCAUGGCAGAGGAGAAGAGGGCCGGUGACCUCCUGUACCAAGCGCAGUCACCAGAUGAGGGCGCCCUGGUCACCGCUGCCCGAAAUUUUGGUUUUGUGUUCCGAUCCCGCACCCCAGAAACAGUCAAUAUUGUGGAGAUGGGUGUUCAGAACAGCUAUGAACUAGAGGCCAUCCUGGACUUCAACAAUGUCCGCAAGAGGAUGUCCGUCAUUGUACGCAGUCCGGAGGGGAAGCUCUCAUUGUACUGUAAGGGUGCAGACACCAUUGUGUAUGAGAGACUGCACCCAUCCUGCAGCAAGCUUAUGGACAUCACCACUGAGCACCUGAAUGAGUUUGCGGGUGAGGGACUCCGCACAUUGGUUCUGGCUCACAAGGAACUGGAUGAGGCCUACUUUCAAGGCUGGAAGGCCCGGCACCAUGAGGCCAGCACUGCCCUGGAGGACCGCGAGGAAAAGCUGGACGAGCUCUAUGAGGAGAUAGAGAAAGACCUGCUGCUGUUAGGGGCUACUGCCAUUGAGGACAAGCUGCAAGAUGGCGUUCCCCAAGCCAUUGAGCAGCUGUCUAAGGCCGACAUAAAGAUAUGGGUGCUGACAGGUGACAAGCAAGAGACAGCAGAGAACAUUGGAUACUCAUGCAACCUUCUGCGAGAGGAGAUGGAUGAAGUGUUCAUAGUAGCAGCAAACUCAUCAGAAGAAGUGAAACUGGAGCUACAGAAUGCAAGGAAGAAAAUGAAGCCGGAUUCAGAGGAUGAGCCUAUAAUCAUUGACAGUGGAAUUCUGGGUAAAAAGUCCAAGAUGGUCGCUGAUGAGACUGUAGAUGGAGAGUAUGGCUUGGUGAUUAAUGGACACAGUUUGGCCUUUGCGCUGGAGAAGGGCCUGGAACUGGAUUUCCUGCGGACAGCCAAUAUGUGCAAGACCGUGAUCUGCUGCCGGGUCACACCCCUGCAGAAAGCCCAGGUGGUGCAGCUGGUCAAGAAGUAUAAGAAUGCUGUCACCCUCGCCAUUGGGGAUGGCGCCAAUGACGUCAGCAUGAUCAAGGCGGCUCACAUCGGUGUGGGUAUCAGUGGCCAGGAGGGCAUGCAGGCAGUGCUUUCCAGCGAUUUCUCCUUCGCACAGUUCCGCUAUCUGCAGCGCCUCCUGCUGGUACACGGCCGCUGGUCUUACCUGCGCAUGUGCAAGUUUUUGCGCUACUUCUUCUACAAGAAUUUCACCUUCACCUUGGUACACUUCUGGUAUGCCUUCUUCUGUGGGUUUUCUGCACAGACGGUAUACGAUGAAUGGUUUAUCACUCUGUACAACCUGGUCUACACUGCUCUUCCUGUGUUGGGAAUGAGUCUGUUUGAACAGGAUGUUGAUGAUCGCUGGAGCUUCCAGUACCCACAGCUUUAUGCCCCUGGGCAGCUGAACCUGUACUUCAACAAGGCCGCCUUCAUCACGUGCGUCAUGCACAGCUGCUACAGUUCCCUCGUGCUCUUUUUCGUCCCGUACGCCGCCAUGUAUGACACGGUGCGUGACGACGGCCGGGAAAUCGCAGACUACCAGUCGUUUGCGCUGUUGGCCCAGACCUGCCUGCUCAUUACCGUUUCCAUCCAGCUGGGGCUGGACACCGCUUACUGGACAGCAGUGAACCAAUUCUUUCUCUGGGGAAGCCUGGCGGUUUACUUUGCCAUCACGUUCACCAUGUACAGCAAUGGCAUGUACCUUAUCUUCACCGCCUCCUUCCCCUUCAUCGGCACGGCCAGAAACUCCCUGAAUCAGCCCAACGUGUGGCUGACCAUCAUCCUCACAUCAAUCCUGUGUGUACUUCCGGUAGUGGCUUUCCGGUUCCUGCUCAUCCAGCUGUGCCCUACCAUCAAUGACAGGGUGAGGUUCAAAGUGAGAGAAGCGAAGGCAGCUCCACCCCCGUUACCCAAGCGUGCCCGCCUCCGCCGCACUAGCUCCCGCCGCUCCGGCUACGCCUUCUCUCACACUCAGGGCUACGGUGACCUGGUGACCUCCAGGCGUUUCCUGCGGCGACCCGCCAUCGGCCAUGUGGGUGGGUUCAGUCCAUCUGGCCGGCAGCAAAGUUCCGCAAGGCAGGAGAGCCUCCCGCAGAUGUACCGUGCUGUGGGUGAGGUCUCCAGAGGCGUGUGAAAGGAUCUAAGACAGUUUGGACCAAGUUUGAUACCCGUGGGACGUAGCGCCUACGGCAGAGAGGGUGUCUGUGGGACAGCAAGACCUUCAGUACAGCAUGAAAAGGGAUUUUAUUAAAGACACAAAGAAUUGCCCAGUGUUAAAGAUGUGAGGGAUAUUCUCCAUGAUGUACCUGGAACCAGCACAUGUUUUCAAAUGAGUGUCUGGAAGAAAACUUCAUCCCUUUGGUGCAGGUUGUAUCUGUGUCGAUAUUAUUAUUGCAUGUUAAAUAUUAUUUGAGAUGACCAAUAAUAUAGUAUUAAUUGAAUUGAAUUUUAUAUUUGAUUUGCUGGACACUAAAGACUUGGUGAGUGGGGGUUGUGGCUAAAACACUGACUGGCUCUGUGUGUGUAUGUCCUCCCUGCGUUUGUGUCAGUCUUCUCUCGAUACUCUUCUGUCCUUCUGCAGUUCAAAAAUAUAAGUGUAGGUGAAUUGGUGUCUCUAAAUUACCAUGGUUUGGGCCCUGUGAUAGACUGGCAUCCAGUCCAAGGUGCCCUUCGCCAUACACCCUAUGCCUCAUGGGACAGACUCCCAGCUCACCAUGACUGUACUAGAUAAGCAGUUACUGAAAAUCAAUGGAUGAUAAAGACCAAAUUACAAAUAAUUUUUCCAUUUCUUGAGUUUGACUCCAAAACAUUUUGUAAUUUUCGUGAUAGGAAUUAAUCCUAAUGAAUGACCUUUGUGGCCUUUUAAAUAACUAGAAUAGAAAUACAAUGCCACUAACAACACUAAUCAUGCGUUGCAUUAUUGUAGUAUUUUGUUUAUUUUUUAUUUCAUUUUGAUCUGUUGAAUAUUUGAUGUCAAUCUGAUCUGGUCAGUGCAAUAAUGCAUUGCCAGCUAAAUGAAUCACCAAGUUCUUUUACCCGUAAAUAUACCAAACUGGUAGACUCUGCUCAUUCCAGACUCUAUAUGCAUGUACUGUACUAUGAAAAUGUUUAUAUGUUGUAUGGAUUUAUUAUUGUUGCCUAAAACAUCAUUUUGUGUGGUCUAACUUAUUUGCAUACACAGUUGGUUACCAGCCUUGGUACCGAUUGGUGUAAGGCAUGUUUGUUUUUGUUUCAGGAAUCGUAAAUUCAAUCCAUACAUCUUAACUAUCCUUGUAGCCAGUUAGUGGUUAUACAUAGUAUUUAGACUAAUGCAUUCCUGAAAAAUCACUUAAGUAAAAUUCCAUUAUGACGUGGUAUAGGGCAAACAGAGCUAACAUAAAAAAUAAUAAAUUAUUGCAUUAUUGCAUAUGCAUGACCCUUCUAGGACAGAAUUUAAGAUCUUUGGCUUAGGCAGUGGUUUAUAACCUCCCAGACCUGCAGUCUGCAUAGGUUAAUGCAAUAGUCACUCAACUGUGUUUAAUAUGUUAGGUAAAUAGUUUGACACAAAGAAACUUUGUUGAUUGUAUAUCAGUAUGGUUUGAUGUUUACAAAAGUAAAAUAUAUUUUUUUUGUAAAUUCUAAUGAGGAUUUUUUAAAUUAAAGGCCUAGAUAUAAUAGUAGUGAGAAUCCAGCAGUUUGUGGCUUGAUCAAUCACUCAGAUUUUGAAGCACUUAUUUUUUCAAGGGACCAAAAUCAUGACAAAAUGUCAGACACGUUUCCCCCCAUUACCUUCUCUAUGCAUUAAGGUAAUACUGAAAUACUUUUAGGCAAGACCAAAUAGAUCACAAAUGCGUGUUAAUACAGUUGUUCAUUACAUAUGUCCAUAUUGCGUAGAAAAUAUGUAUGUCAGUUACUCCUUUGCAAAUUCAGUAAAGUGCUUAUACACAGACAGGAAACGGCAUAUUUUGAGGAUACUUUCGUUACCUUUAAUUAUCAUUUAAUAUAAGUCAUAUAUCAAACAGAAAUGCAAUAAAUAUGCCUAGAAAUAUGGUAUUCCUGAGUAAACUUAAGAAAACUGGCGUUAACUGGGUUAUUUAUCUCUGACGCAUUUGUUUAUGUUCAAAUGUCAUUGUGUUGUUUUGGCAUAAUCAGUGCUUUAUUUUGGCUGUAAUAUCCAAAUGUAUCAGACUAUAAAUCUUGCACCGAUUUUGAUAAAAAGAAAUGUUAUAUGCAAAAUAAAUGCUUGAUGUUUUUAUUAA